AUGAAUAUGAUUACAAUGAAGAGAGGCGUCGCUAGAAGCUUGACUGACACGUCAACAAUCAGAUCCUCCUCACUUUCGUUCCUUCGUUCACUCUCUUCCACUUCCACCACCACCGUCGACGUCGACGUCUCUGCUUCUUCCGUCGCGAAGCUUGUCACUCCGACUUUCCUUCAACCCAGAGUUGUUCUAUACGACGGCGUUUGCCAUCUCUGCCACCAAGGAGUGAAAUGGGUAAUCAGAGCAGACAAGGAUAGGAAGAUCAAAUUUUGCUGCGUUCAGUCUAAUGCUGCUGAGCCAUAUUUGAGAGCAUCUGGUCUUGAACGAGAGGAUGUUCUACGUCGCUUUUUAUUCAUUGAAGGAUUGAAUGUAUUCUCUCAGGGAUCUACUGCUGCAUUGCGUGUACUGUCAUACUUGCCAUUACCUUACUCUGCUUUGAGCUGGCUGUGGGUGAUUCCUACUCCAAUAAGAGAUGUUGUGUAUGAUUAUAUAGCAAAAAACCGGUAUGAAUGGUUUGGCAAGGCUGAAGAUUGUUUGGUUUUGCAAGAGAAGGAGCUGCUUGAGCGUUUCAUAGAUAGGGAUGAAAUGAUGAAACGAGAUUCCAAGUUUUAA